AUGUGUGCUUUGUUUCCAGCAUGUGAAUGGCCCUUAGAUGCUCCUAUUGGCCGCCAACAUAUCAUCAGUGGUGCCUUUGCAGGCUUUGAAAGCUUUGAAGGUUUCCAUCAUUUUACAUUCCCUGAUGAUCUGCCUCGAAUCCAGCUCGAUCGACCAAUGUUCUCUGCCGGAGAUACCGGUGAUGAAAACCCAACUACCGUUGACAAGAAGCUUAACCACAACGCGAGUGAGCGUGUCCGGAGACGAAAGAUGAAUGACUUGUACUCGUCACUUCGUUCAAUGCUCCCACCAUCUGAGCAAACGAAAAGGUUGAGCAUUCCGGCCACAGUUUCAAGAAUGUUGAAAUACAUACCAGAGUUACAAUCACAAGUGGAGAUAUUGCUACAAAAGAAACAACAAAUUCUCUCAACCAUUUGCAAGCAAGAUGAUCAUGACCUGCACUAAUUUCCCUGCCAUUGAAAUUGACACCCAUUGCCAUCAUUUUAAUCAACUUCCUCGUCCUUGACGGGCUUCAAUAUUUUUCUCAUUUUUUCAUCAAUUCCGGCGGUGCUGGAAAAUAAUCCCAAAAUCAGCCGACACUCGGCGGAGUGAUUUCACUUUUAA